CGGUACGGCGUUGCGAACGACUACGUGAACACGUCGUUGCUGAUAGGUGACAUAUCCGAUGGGUACGACGCGGAUCCACCUUCCUCGCGAGCCUCCACCUCUCUUUCAUAACCGAUAAGUUUUGUCACACGUCCCCAGUAGUUGUUUUACAGCAACGUUGUACGUACAACGUCCGAAAGUUCCGUACACGUUGAGCGUCGCAUCGAUUCAAAGUUUUUGUUUUUAACGUCGAAACGUGCAUUGUUUUUUCUGUAAUGAUCUUCGCGUCGAAUGAAGACCGCAGUGAUGACGAUGAGGAAGAAGAUGACGACGGGGACGAGCGUUAUCCGCAGCUGGACCAUCUGCAGUGCUGAUAAAUCUCUCUCCUGUGGGCUCAAUCAAAUAUUCGUCGAUGUUAUGUAAACCGUGGAAAAAUCCGUAUCUUUUGGAAGCUUUGCAACAAUUAUGAAAGGCUUUGAGCUAAUGGUAAUGAGCCUCGUCACGGCGGGAUCGAAUGAAACUAAUCUCAGCAGUAACCAACAGUUUAUUAACGAUGAUGAUGAAAUUGAAAUGAUAAACACCGUCAAUACAACCCUCGGAAAUGAGUUUACGAAGUACACGGACGAUGAAAAGCCGCUGGAAAUUAAAGUGACGACAUGGCAGGACAUGCCGUAUUCGGGAACCGUGAAUGAAAGUGGAAAACUAGUCGGGGUCGGUUACGCAUUCGAAGUUUUGCAUUUGGCUCAGAGAAAAUUAAAUUUUACGUACACCAUAGUACUUCCUGAGACCAAUUCAAUCGGUGAUAAUACGACCGGGAUGAUGCUGCUGCUGUACCAAAAGAAGGUCGAUAUGGCAGUGGCUUUCAUUCCUGUAUUGGAAAAUUUUUUUCAUCUCUGCGAGUUCAGUAGUAUCCAGGAAACUAUUCCGAUUACUUUCAUGAUGGUGAGGCCUCUGGAAUCGGCAACGGGUCAAGGAAUUUUGGCUCCGUUCAGUGACAUCGUAUGGUACUAUAUUCUCGGCUCUUGGAUCAUCUUUGGUCCCAUCAUGUACAUUCUUAUUUGGUGUCGAUCGAAGGUGCCGGACGGGGAAAAACACGAAGCAUAUUCUUUUCCGACCUGCGUGUGGUUCACGUACGGAGCUUUACUCAAACAGGGAACAACGACCGAGCCGGAUACAAAUUCUACGCGAUUAAUCUUCGCAACUUGGUGGAUCUUCAUAACAAUCUUGACGUCUUUUUACACCGCUAAUCUCACUGCGUUUCUUACGCUUUCGGAGUUCACGCUCCCGUUUAAUAGCGCAUGCGACAUCCGAGAAUCGGGCAAGCAUUGGGUUACCGUCAAAGACCAAGUUAUGGAUGUGGCGUUAAAACAGGACCAAUCCGAUCUUUUGAAACCCCUCAGAGAUUCUAAGGAUUUAGGGCGAGUUAGUUUCAUAGACAACACAAAUUUCGUCAAGAUUGUCGAAUGGAUGAAAAAUGGCUACCUAUUUGUGGGUGAUCGAUACUUCAUAGUCAAGGAAAUCGCCAAAGAUUAUCAGGAAAGAGUGGACCAAGAUCAAGAGGAGAAAAAACGCUGCCCUUAUGUAAUGCAACCAAAGAAUAUUUACGAGCUUACUCGUGCAUUUGCUUUCCCCUUGAAGUCCGCGUUCAAAGAUAUAAUCAACAAACACUUGAUGUACAUAUCGGAAUUGGGAAUCGUGAAACACUUGCAAACGGAUGGAACUCCCGGCGUGCCUAUUUGCCCGUUGAAUCUCAAGUCGAAGGAGAGACAAUUGCGGAACCGAGAUCUCCUCAUGACGUACAAAGCCAUGGCAAUAGGCUUCGGCUCGGCGGGAAUAUUUUUUAUUUUUGAAGUCUUAAUCAAAUGGCUGAGUGGGAAAAACAAUUGUAAUUGUUGCUCCGAUUUAAUAUGCUAUCGCUCGAAAAUAGAGACGCCGGUAGUGUCGAUGAGCAAAACGAACAAGAGCAACGAAGCUUUCGAAUUCUCGAAGCCAAACCCAAACCUCUUCAGUCAUUUCGAGAAUGUUUAUCCUGAUCAAAGAGUUAAAAGAAGUGUGGUCAACGGACGGGAAUAUUGGGUAGUUACAGAAAAAGACGGUGAACAACGUUUGGUGCCGAUCAGAACACCAUCGGCUCUCCUGUUCCACCAUUCGCGUGAAUAAUCGUCCGAGUUAAACGACUCACAAUUCGACCACAAGUCAAAAUCACAAAAUGACUCUUUGACACUACCGAAAACACUUGGAGUGAACAUUUUGUGAGAUUAUAAAGGGAAUUUUUUAUUAUUUAUUGAGCAGUUUGGGGUCAGAUCAAUUUGUGCAUUUUGGUCGGCCAUAUUGAAUCCGCCAUUUUGAAUUUAUGCAUUUUGAGUGCAGAUUCGUAAUCAGCGACCUCAAAAACCUCCGACUACCAAUUUUCGUGGAAAUCUGAUAAACUUUUUUCAGCGUUUUGGACACUUGGGGUGGAAAAUGUUUUGCCACCGGAGGGGUUAAGGGAGUAUUAAGAUCCAGAUAAAUGAUUUUGCGGUUUUUAUUAAAUUCCGACGAAACAAGUAAUUUUCAAGAUUUUGAAAUUCUUUUGCUCAUUUCAACAUCACAGAACGAAUUGUUUUAUCGAAAAAUGUUGAUCUUUAUACAAUAUUCUGAAAUAUUUGAAAGGCCUUUCGCCCCCACCAGAAAAAAAAACGAAAAAUUGCUAAAUUUUCAGAUAAUUGUUCUUUCAAAAUAUCAAAUUCAAUAAACUGUGCAAUUUUUUCUAAGUAAACGUUGCAGUAUUCACAAUAAUAAUUCAAUUACAAUGGCUCAUAGAAAUUGUGACUCAAUUAUUUCCAUAAAAUACUAAAACUGAGAUAUGAGCGUUUCAGAAUAACGCGUGUAAAAAUGUUUUAUUAACCCCUUCACUGUGAGGGACACGCAUAGGUACAAAAAAGUGCCAUUUUGUGUCAUGAUACGUAAAUGAAAAACAAUAUAUUUCUACUGCAUCGAUUCGAUUGUAAUUUGGUACAUGAUGGUUCAAAUUUCCAAAUUGAACCAUCAUUUUUGAACCAUCAAAUUGGCAACACAAACAUUUCAUUUUCACCUCACUGCGAAGGGGUUAAAAACAGUUGUUUCGUAUUUUCGAACAAGAACCCAAUAAUUAAAAAGAUCCGGCUGAAUUUGACAAACAAAAAAUCUAGACAAUUUUUCUGGCCCUUUCAAUCGAAUAGACACAGUAAGGUCCCAUAUGGCAACGACUAUUUUUUGGUAAUAAAUAAACUCCUCGAUGACGUGUAUCGGGGGAAAAAAGGAAAAGGAUUAUUCAGAUUUUCAUGAUGUUCUCAUCACAGAAACGUUGGACAUGACUUCAGGCACUUUUUAGUACUUGAAUUCUUAUAUAUAGAUAUAUAUUUCUGUAUUUGAUAGAAUCAUCGCGAGAUGAAACGUUACAAAGACCUUCAUAACUAAAACAAAACAAAAACAAAUAAUAAAUCAAUUAUUCAUUGGCCCUUCGGUAAUAUUUCCAUGUACCAUACUUGUACGCGAAAAAAAGUGUGAUACCUUACUCCCACUCUCAAGAAACACGUAUACGGUUUUAAUUAUACGGCAGUGAUAGUGUGCAUUAAUUAUUACGAUUCCAUUGACGCGAGUAAUGAACGAAAAACGACAGUUUCACGAAAGAAAUUUGCCUCUAUGGGAAGUUAGUAUAAUUUCGAUCAAGAGUUGCGAUGGAAGCUCGACGAAAAGUGUAUUAAAAAGAGAAAAACAAGAUAUUCACGAAAACGUGUAGAGCAGUCGUCGAGCACUGUCGCCCUCGAAUUAGAUUAAACCUCGUACGUUUUUUAAAUAUUUUUCAAAUAGACGUGAGCGGAAAAUAUGUACGUUUUAUAUUAUUCAUGAAUCGUAAUGGAAUUUAAAAGAAUAUAACUUUCUUUAAGAUUUGAA